GUCGUUAGCGAAAGCGACGCGGAGCAGCAGCGCGCCGCCACGCCAUUGAGCAACAGCGGCGCCCGCACUACAACUACCAGCACAAGUUUACCCAAUACGCGCUCAUGUCCGCUCAAGUUUUCCAUAGCGAAAAUUAUGGAGCCUGAUCAACGCGCCAAUAGCGCUGAGUGCGUCAACGCGCACGAGGACGAGGAUUCGGAGCGCUCAUGCAGCCCCAUCGAGGUCGCCAGCGAUGAGUGUGAGUCGGAGCAGCGCGUCGAGCUGCUACCGUCAACAGCUGGUCAGCAACAAUGCACCAACGCAAGCGCCAGCGAAAACUAUGAUUCCGCCUUUAAAAAGUAUGUGCCCUCCUCCGCUGCGGCCGCCGCUGCAGCAGCCGCUGCCACUACUGCUACCAAUGCCGCUGCCGUACAACAAUUUGUGAGCACACGUCAUCAGGAAUUGAUGUCGCAAUAUCCGUUGCUCUAUUAUGCGCCCAAUCAGCUGAUGUGCGCCGCCGCCGCCGCGCAAUAUGCUGCGCUCACUGCCGCACAACAGCAAACGCUGCUUGCCAAUACCGGCGCUGCAGCGCAUUUGAGCAGCUUUACCGCCUCGUUGAGCAGUUUUCACACGCAAUCGCUGCGUCGCAACCUUAGCGCUUCUGGUCAUCAUCUGGCCGCUGCCGCGGCAGCUGCUGCAGCAGCGCAGGCACAAGCGCACCAUGCACAUCAUCAGGCGCUUGCAAGCGCGCAUCCACAGUUGCAGCAGACGUUGGAGAAGCAUCAUCAGCAACAGCACAAGUUGAGGGAAGGUGGAGCCAGCGCGGGCGCUUGUCAUAGCAUGAAACGUAAGCAUAGCGCCGGAGUUGCAGCUGCCGCCUCGGCUGCCGCUUCCGCGAGUGCAGCUGCACAGCCAGCACCCGCAUUGCAUGAGCAUGGCUCUUCACGCGCAUCCUCGCCCACUUCACGCCACCUACGCUCGCCAUCCCCCAACUCGCUAGACGACAGCCCUGGCUCUGCGGCGGGCAAACAGAAGACAUUCUCCUGUCUGGAAUGCGGCAAAGUCUUCAACGCUCACUACAAUCUCACGCGUCACAUGCCAGUGCACACAGGCGCCCGCCCGUUUGUUUGCAAGGUGUGCGGCAAGGGUUUUCGGCAGGCAUCGACGCUGUGUCGCCACAAGAUUAUACACACCUCCGAGAAGCCGCACAAGUGCCAAACCUGCGGCAAGGCCUUCAACCGCUCCUCCACGCUGAACACGCACACCCGCAUUCAUGCUGGCUACAAACCAUUCGUGUGUGAGUACUGCGGCAAGGGUUUCCACCAGAAGGGCAACUAUAAGAACCACAAGCUGACGCAUAGCGGCGAAAAGGCUUACAAGUGCAACAUCUGCAACAAAGCCUUUCACCAAGUCUACAAUCUCACCUUUCACAUGCACACACACAACGACAAGAAGCCAUAUACGUGUAAGGUGUGCGCCAAAGGAUUUUGCCGCAACUUCGACUUGAAAAAGCAUAUGCGCAAGUUGCACGAAUUGGGCGGCAGCGACCUGCUCGACGAUGAUUCGCCGCCGAGCUUUGAACGCCGCCGCGAGUAUACGCGUCGUGAAUAUACGCGCCGCGAAGCUCAUCACAGCUACCACACACAUCUGCAGCACGGCAGCCAAUUGACGCCCGACUCAUCCGCUGGUAGCUUAUCGCCACCGAUCAACGUCACCACCCCACCGCUCUCCAGCGGCGGAGGUGGCUGCGGCGGUGAUGGCAGCAACUCCGCUUGGCAUACGCCACAAUAUCAGACGCUCACCAGCGCGCAGCAGUCUUCAGCUGUUGCAGCAGCGGCCACAGCUGGCUAUGCGCCGCAUCACUUGCUGCCGCAAAUGAGCAGCUCUUUUCGUGCAUCUGCUGAGUAUUCUGCCAGCUCGGCGUUCAUACAACUCGCCAAUGCCGCGUCGACUAGUGCAACGGCUGCUUUGGCCGCCAGCCCCAACAGCGCUGUGCAAAUGAUAUCCGCCCACCAGCAGCACCAGCAGCUCCACCACCAACAACAGCAUACGGCGGCUCACCAGCAACUCAAUCACCACCACCAGCAGCAUCAUCACAAUCCUAGUCACCAUCAUCCGCAUCAGCAUCACCAGCGUCUUUCGGCCGCAGCUGCCGUUUCAGCCAUGGAUCAGGUGCCCUUCAUAGCGAAAGUGUUUUGACAGCGCUACUAUGCGGACAGUUUGGCCACAACCGCAACAACACAGCAUGCCGCCAGCGCACUGAGUUCUUCCUCGAAGAGCAUACUCAUCGAUUGACUGCAGUUUGUAGCAGCCGCUGCGGCGGCGACAGCGACAGCAACAGUGACAUCGUCGUCAACGGACGCGACAGCUACUUCGAGUUUUGCUGCGACGAUGUCGUCGGAUAUGGAGGACGAAGAGGAAGCUGAGCUUCUUGUUGAUGCUGUCGACGAGGUGGUCCAGCUUGAUUUGACUCAUUCGCCUGUGGAGCAGUUCGAAGAGCAGCGCACAGCAUUGGGCACGGCCGUCGAGGCGCUCAAUCGUCUACUCUGAACUGUUGAUUGCGUCGCUGCGAGCCUGUGAAUCGGUGGUUUCCAAACGAGAAAAUGGUUUCAUGAUAGGGGCGCCAACGUCUCCUAACCUCCAACAUAUGAUCUCCGCUAGGGCAAAAGUGUGCAAUAUAGCGUUCGAAUGUGUGAAGCAAUGCGAAAAGAUAUGCGAAAAAUCUCGAUCGGAAAUUUCUUCAAAUUUUAAGCUUGCCUUUUUUCUUCAACUCUGAGCAAUAAAAAUUUAGUCUUUGAAAGAGCAAGUGUAAAUUUGCGCUAAGCAGGCGUUCGGGAGCAUAACUUGCGGACACUCUUCUGCGAAAACAAAGAUUUUUUAGCUCAAAAUUUCCACUUCAAAUUUCUGUUGUAAAUAUUAUUCUUUAAGAGAGAGCGUUAAAACAACAAAUGAAAGGGUAAAGAAUAGGUUUUCGUUAGUUAAGUGAAUGCACUAGUGUAUAUACAUAUAUAUUCGUAAGUAUAUGUUAUAUAUAUGUAUACAGGUAUCAAUACCUAAAUAAUACACCUUAUAAUAAAUGAUAUAAUAUAUAUAAGUACAUACAUAUGUACACUAGGGUGCACCUCCAAAAAAAAAUUGCGGUUUUUUCAUCAAAAUUGUAAAUUUUAUGAUGUGAAUUUUAAAACUUCCGCCAUAAUAUUGCGAUUUACGUGAGC